UCACAUGCAUGUCCCUCCCACCGUAGAUAUAAUUUAUGUUGAAACUAGCUCUCUGUUUAGCUGUACUGUGCUGUCUGUGUUUACAGAAAGAUAGACUGUGUUAGUAAUUAUGCCUACAGACAAGAUAGACCUCAAGUCCUCACUGGAGGACAGCCCUCAGGUCCAGGCCCAAAUCUCCAGGCUGGAGGGCAACAUUGCUCCCAUGAAAGACUGUACUGUUCUGCUCAGAGACACGUUUCAAGCUUGCAGUGUCCAUCAGCUAAAGGUUUGCGAAGGAACAGAGACUUUAACAAAACUACUCAAAUCAUUUCAAGAAGAUGCUCUGAGUGAGGAUGACAGUUUCCUGUCUGGUUCAUUCAGUCGUAUUGGAAGAUACCUCAACGAGUUGCACUCGUGUCAGGACAUGCUGAGCUCUCAGUUGCAGAAUGCCGUGAUAGAACUGCUCUCACAGUUCAUUUCCAAUGAAUUCUCUGACAUUGAAAAAGUCAAAGAGAGUUUUGAGUCAGCUUGGCAUGACCAUGACCAGGCCACAAUCAAGUACAGUAGAGUCUCCAGAAAGAAAGACUCGGAUAAGACCCGUUUUGAAGCCAACGCAGAUCUGUUCACUGCCAGAAAGAAGUAUUACGAUAGCUGUCUUGACUACUACACCAAACUGAAUGGGUUCAAACUCAAGUGGAAGUAUUCUCUAAUGGAACCUCUACUCACAUACAUGCAUGCUCAGAUGUCUUAUUUCAAGGCUGGUCAUGAAGUGUUGAACAAAGAGCUAGGAAAGGUUUUAAAUGAACUCAACACUGAGGCCCAGAAGUUCCACAACCAAUAUCAGUCGGACAUGGCGGCCAUGGCUGAAGAGAGGGAGGAGAUUGAGCUCUCCUUCCCCGGUUUGUGUCUACCCGACCCUGAUCCAAACGACCCCUUCGUUGACUAUCACCCUCCCAAGACCAUAAUCUCAUCAAAGAACGGCUACCUCUUCCUCCGAGGGCAGAAGACUGGGUUCGGGUCUCAGUGGGACAGAGGCUACUUCUUCACCAAGAAGGGUCAACUGUUCUCCCACUUCCCUCAGAGGAAUGCAGAGCCUCUGUUUACAUUGAAAGGAGCAGAUGCCUCUCCGGGGGAGAUGGAUGACCGUCGAUACGUCCUUCAAGUCACUCACUCUUCUCAUAAGAGACCGUUUUACCUAAUGGCUGAGAAUGAAGUGGAGAAAGAUGAGUGGAUAGCAACGAUCAACAACAAUAGACAAGAGAGGAGCUCCCACCAGCCUAACUCAGCCGGCGAUGCAGAGUUCAUCAAACAGAAGAGAGAAGAGAUUCGUUCGUGGGUGAACAAGGAGAUCCGCCCUCCAAAGAUACGAGAUAGAGCCAAUACUACCAGACCCACCCGCAGUAACACUUCCUCUGCUCCCAAUCUCCCCCUCAUCAAACCCGUCAAAUCUCCCACUCGUUCUCCCGUCCUACCUCGAGUAUUUAAACCAAAGAAACAAGACCCGACCUCUGGACCGUAUCCCCUCUCUCCCUCACCCUCCUCACUUGGCCAGCUGCCCACACCACUGCAGCCAGAGAAAGUGCUAGCUGUCAGUGUGCCUCCCUCUCAGUCCACACCUGCUGUUGUGUCUUCAGGGAAGUUCUCCGUCAAGUACCUUGGCCACACCGAGAUUAAGGAUGGGAAGGCUCCAACUGUUAUCACUGACACCAUUCGCAAAGUGAUGGCUGCUCGCUCGGUACAGAAUGUGAAGUCAGCCAUUGAUAUCGAAAUGACUGUGGCUACGAAAUCCAUUGUGUUUAUGGACGUGGAAGCAAAGAAAGCAAUUGGUCAGAUACAACUAAAAGGAGUUGUGCGAUGCUCGACACACCCAGACAAUCUAAAACUCCUGGGAGUAGUGAACCAGUCCAAUGCAGACGCUGACAAGACCAGGUACAUCUGCCAUGUGCUGGAGAGUGAGUUUGAGAGCAGUCAGAUUUGCAAGGUGGUAGACGAUGCUGUCCGUGCUGCGCUGAACAGUCAUAUGUCUCUGCCUCCCAAGCAGUCACCUCAUGGCUCAUCUCAACCCUCAUCUCAACCCUCCAUGGGCUACUCUGGCCAGGCCCCGAUGGUGCCAAGGAGACCACCUCCUCCUAUCUUCAAACCAACCUAUAACGCCUCGGGAUAUGUAACCUUUGAUAAUGACCAAGUUGUAGCUGCUAAUGCAUCUCGGUCUACUGCUUCUACCGCUAUGCAAAAUACUUCGUCUGCCCCCAACCUGACCAAUAGAUCAUCUCGACAACAAACGUUACCCCCUCAACCACCCUCAUCAAGUUCCAAUUCUGGUGACCUCUUCUCUAAAGACAACGUCACCAGCCAAGGAAAACCACCUCCUGAAAACAAGUUCACAGAUAACUUCACCACGCAAGAUUCUGAUCGGUAUUCUCCGGACCUGGAUGACCUUCCACCUCUAGACUCACCACCCCCUUCGAUUGGUACUCACACAACAGACUCCAGCUACAUCAGUGACUCCAGCUUCACUGUGACACCCUCAAGCAUUCCAGACACAACCAAAGGCGCAGGUUACUUCUCAAACGCAGCUGUGAGUGAGUCAAUUGAUAACGAGUCGGUAUGGUCUAGCGUCGGUGGGCAGCCAAGCACGACAGCUGACUCUGGCUAUUUCAAGGCUGAUGGUGGGAUUAGCUCUGUGGGGGAGCCCCAAGACCUCGCUGAAGACUUUGAUUUAUUCCAAGACACUUUCAAUGACUCCAAUUCCACAAUGUCUACUGACUUUUUUCAGUCCAAGCAACAAUCGCUCAAUCCAAGCUCCACCAGUGGCUACUAUACCUCUCAAGGAACUACCCCUUCACAAUCUAGCUCUUUGGGUACGACAAAACCAGCUGCACAGCCGUCUAGUUAUUCAACCUUGACCUCCUCUACUUACUCUACUUCAACCUCGAUGGGGACAUCAUCUUUCUCCACUGCAAGCUAUCCUCCAAUCUCCACUUCAUCUCAGGUCCUGGACACUACGAAUAAUCAAGAUGAGGAUUAUGACUUAGGGGAACCUGUGGACCUGCUCAGUGAUCUAGCAGACGAGCCUUACAGUGAUGGCUCAAACUUUCAAACUAGCUACUCUGCAGCCCAAACCACUUCAAGUGGUUACUACCACGCUGAUCAAACUACACCUGCUAUGUCUACAAGUACAGCAUACUUUUCGACCAGCUCAAGCGUGAAUGGUAAUGGAUAUCCUCCCUUCGAUUCUACAGCUGGCAAUAAUCUAGGAGGUGACAAUUUUGGAGAUGACGACAACUGGUUGCCACCAUUACCAGAUGAAGAUGACUUGGGUGGAGUACCCACUUCUUUUGGUGGGUCAUUUGUGACUCACUCCUCUAGAAAAAGCUGAUCCCAUGCAUGCAUAUGACAUAUUAUUAGGUGCAUGUAUGUUAUAACAAACAGUAUAAUAAUUAUGUUGUAUUGUGACAAAGUGGUUAUUUUUCUGCAAGUAUAAUUAUUAUAUAUAUUUAUAUUAUUAUUACUCCCGUUUUGUACACACAAUUCUUACGACAAACAUAAUUAUAAUUUUACAGUAUACAAUAAUGACAAUGUACGGUAUACAAUAAGAAAUUAUAAAUGAUGGUGACAGUUAAGAGACAACAUGAAAAUAAUUCUGUUAGUCUAAGAGUUUGUUUGUGUUCUCGUCCCGAGGUGGAAACUCUUUGUGAGUACCAAGUUGUUCACCAGAGCGACACUCGUCCAAAAGAGCCUGGAGAUCUGAUGUAGGCAAUGGCUGCAUGAGGGACAUAGAGGGAGCUAGCUUAGAUAAUAAUAUUAUGCAUGGCUCAUUUUGUCUAGCGAAAUGCAGUUGGGUAUGUACAGCCUUGUAGUACGUAACACAGCACAAAUGUGUCGAGUACCAAAAUUUACACUCAUUACGAAAAAUAAUCUAGACAUGACUAGCUGACAACCCCUAACAGACAAAUAUUUUAAUUAUAUAACUCGAUGUCGAUGAGGAGUAAGUAAUAAACGGGACUUACUAGUAUCAGUUGGUUCUCAGCGUGUAUAGCUCUGAGUCUGUCAUCAAUGCUUCUCAGUCGCUCACUCUCACUGCGAGACAUCUGAAACUGGUGGAGCACUUCCUCUCCAGGCACUGCAUGGAUUAGUGAUGCCAUGAACAUCUCGCUUAUAGUGGUAUUUUUUUAUACAUACUUAGACGUAGCCUAGAUUUUACCUAUUCCUAUUCCUAUAUGUGUCCCCUUGUCCACUUCAGGUUCUCCCUCCUCAUCUUCUGUACUGCUGUCACAACCUAUGGUGCUGAUGUGCCCACUCUCACUGCCCAGCUCUUGUGGAUUGUGUGAGCCAGUGCGCGAUGAGCAGGAGAGAGACUCCCAAGCACUAGGUGGCAGAAUGGCCUGCAGCUGGCUGUGUGAGAACAAAAUUAUAUGAAAGCAACAUGUCUGUGUGUGUAUUGUACAAAACAUAGGGGGUUAAUGUAUUGGUACUGUACGUGGAUGACUACAGGUUCAAUUGAGCAAUUCAAUUCUUUCCACGCAAUUGAAAGCACUCAUUACGGUACAGUAUAUUCAUACUGGGAGUGUCGCCCAAAUCAAACGGUACAUGUACUUGUCAAUAGUUUUCAUCCUAUCCAGGUCUUCUUGUUUGAGUGCAAAUCCUUCACGAAUGUCUCUCACACAUAAAAUCAACUCGUUUUCGUUAGGAUCUAUUUCCUGUAGGCAAGUUAAUCAUCAUUGCAAAUUUAUACGCAUAUUCAAACCUCUGCCUUGUUUUCUCCACUAAGUAGCUCAUCUAGCCUUUGUUUCUCAGCCUCAGUCAUGGCCACCAGAGCUCCAGCAUCACUAGCCAACUAGAAUAAUAAAUAGCAUCUAAAAUAAUGUAGCAACACAUACAUUGAUGCAUGUUCAUACCUCAAUGUUUCUUUGGAUGAAGUUAGUGCCACUAAUCUCGGUCUGUGUAUUGGGUUUAGUUUUAAGGUCAGCAGUUUUCUCUGUUUCUGAGUGGAUAUGAUUCCUCUUAGCUGAACCAUGGGAUUUUACAGUGCAGCUGGUACUAUCUCCAGCUACGAAACAGACAAAAAAUGAGUACAUGCAAUCAUACACUGAGAUUUGUACCUGAACUGGCAUUGUCGUUCAGCUGUGUUGUAAACACUGGUGGGUACUCUGUAAACAAAAAUAUAAUGGCAACUGUUGAAUUGAUUGAUAUAUGUACAGCUCACUUUGUCGGUCCAAUGAGUGUGUUGAACUGGUUUGAAGACUAAUGUUUGAGUCUAUUUGCUGUUCUAGUAGUUUUCGUUGUUUUUUGACAUCCCUUUCUUUCUGUAGAACCAGUGAAUAGACAUUAAUGGUCAGUGAAAUGGGGAAGAUAUAGCACAAGGUGCACUGUUUACAUACAAAAAUGUCUGAAUAAAGGACACCUUAUAAAUUAUUUUGGCCCCAAAGUACAAAGGGAAGAUUCCUCUGUAAUAAAUUAUGUAUCCCGCAAGCAGGUUGAGGCUUGCCAACAAUGAACAUGUUACCCUCCCAUUGCAGGUAGAGAGUACACAUGGCAUGUAAAAUAAAGUUAGUGUUGUCACCUUGUCCAAAUCAGCAAGCUUCUCAUCCAAUUUCCUCAUCUUCUCAAUGGCUUUCUUCAACUUGGGAUCCAUGCUAUUAAACAAAGGCUCAACAGUUGCUGAGCUUGCAGUCAAUGUGCUGUCACAGUCUCUAGGAGAUAGCACAUCCUCUUCUUUGUCA